CGCCGGGUAAACGUCCGCCAAGAUGGCCUCGGCGCGCUACCGGCGCUUCUUGAAGCUCUGCGAAGAGUGGCCCGUGGAGGAGACCAAGCGCGGCCGUGAUUUGGGAGUCGUGGUGCGGCAGAGAGUGAUGCAAGCCUUCCGCGAGGGAGAGAAUACUCAGAUUGCUGACCCAGUGACUUGCGAUGAAAUUUUUGAAAGUUUAACUAAAAUUCAUACUAAUUAUUAUAAAAAUAAGUAUCCACGUCUGAGAGAUACAAACUUCUCUGGAGUGCCAGUGGAGGAAUGCAAGUUGGUCCUUGCAACAGAACAAUUGAAGCAGCUGGAAGAAGGAAAGCUUGGAAAAUUGAAAAGGUUACGUGAAAAAUUCUCCGCCAAGCAUCACAAAGAAGAUUCCAAAUAAUAACUUGGUCUUUAACUGGUUUCAUAAAGCACUGUUUUUGCCGGUAUAGCUAAACCUCGUUACCAGCAAAGGACAAUGGAAAGCUAUUCUGAAAUGAGAUAAACAAGCUCCAUUUGAAUACAUUGGUUUAUAAAGACUUAGGAAGUCCAUCUGAAGAACAGGAAAUGAUAUAGUUACAUGCUGUGGGUGUUUACCUAUCUUCAGUAUGAAUGUCAUCUUGCAACUGAUGUGUUGGAGCCUAACAGAACUAUAGUUCAUGUCAAAACAAAACAAAUCUAACAUUGGGAUUCUGUGACAGAAAUGUGUGGCUGUUUACUGUUAAUUAGCUUGUGUGUUGUUUACGGGAAAGGCAGCACUUACUCUGGGGAAAAAGAAGCUUACCAUAUGUUGUGCAAAAUUAAAUAUUGAGAGGAGAAAUUUCUAUUCUAUGACUGCUGCCUGUGAAAUCGAUUGAGAUAGCAAAGUAGUUCCAAAUACAUGGGCAGCUCCCAAAUGUUCUUUGCUGCAAUGUACAUAAAAUCCAUUCUCAGUGGCCAGGAAAUAACAGCAAAAACCAGUGUGACAUGGUAGUAUCCUAACAAAAUAGCAAGCGUGCCAAAACAUGUAUUAGCACAUACACAGAUCUUGUGGUUCACAAGUCACUGUGGCCAUGGUUCCAUAGAACCAG